UGCACACACGGCAUGGGGAUGGCUGCUGCAGUGUCACUGGAAAACUUCACAGCUUUGCCUGAAGGCACUCAGUUUUUCCACUCCAGUGGUCAGAGCUGUCUUGUUGGUGCCCGGAGGCUGUUUAUAUGCUCUGACUGAUGCUUAUUUUUGCAGGAUGGAUGAUGAUAGGUUGUUUUGGGUAUCUAUAAGGGCAUUAUAAGACUAUAAGAAGCAUAGAUACAAAGAUAUAACACAUGUAAAUGAAAACAAGUCAGAGUAAUAAUAAAACGUGGCAGGCAUUUUCAGUUAGUAUGGCGUACAAUUCGUGACCAGCUUUUAAGUGACGAUCUCUUGUGGAGACUGUGAACGCAACAGUAAAGUGUGAAGUGUGGGUGGAGCUGUGGGUUCAGACCUGUUCCAGCUCUGACUCUGUGAUCGCGGAGUUGUUGCCACUAUAGUGCAAAACCAUCGCAAGGAAGAAAUGCGUGGAAAUGCAGCUACAUGUAUUUAUUAUUGUUGUUUUUUUUGUUCUUAUUUGUAUUGUAUCCAAAUGAUAAUUUUACUUCCUCCAGAAUCUAAACCUCAAUUGUUUUUUGAGUGAGAUUUUUUUUUUUUGGCGAACAGCUUCACAAUCAUGCAUGCAUUUUCCUAUAUGGACUUUUCUUUGUUAUUUUUCUAUUUCAAAUAGUAUUUGCUUGACUCGGAGGGCGGCCUCUUGGCUGCAAAGAGAGACUGAAAACAAUGCCCGACACACUGCUUUCUCCAGGAAACUUACUCUAAAGUUCUCUUUAUGGCGUUUCAAAAUGACAGACUCUAACCUGAGGAACGAAAGCAACUAUGGGAUCUAUUUUGCUGAAGCUUUCAAUGGAUCUGUUGUGGACACAAUAUUUCCAAACGACAGCAUCACAACGUGCCAGAACUUCACAAUGGACUCACAAGUUGUCGGGGUUGGGAUCUUUCUCGCCGUUUUUAUUUCGGUGGCAAUUGUUGGGAAUAUUUUGGUCAUUCUGUCUGUGGUAUGCAAUAGACAUUUGCAGACUGUCACAAACUUCUUCAUUGUCAACUUAGCCAUGGCAGACCUGCUGUUGAGCAUUAUUGUGCUGCCUUUCUCUGCAUCUCUGGAGGUUCUGGGAUGCUGGGUGUUUGGCCGGGUGUUCUGUAACAUCUGGGCAGCGGUGGAUGUGCUCUGCUGCACUGCAUCCAUCCUCAGCCUCUGCGUCAUCUCCAUCGACCGGUACAUAGGUGUUAAACACUGCUUAAAAUACCCAACUAUUAUGACAGAGAAGAAGGCAGUAGCUAUUUUAGUGCUAGUUUGGGUAUCAUCCACGGUCAUCUCUGUCGGACCGCUCCUGGGAUGGAAGGAACCGCCGCCGGUGGACGACAGAAUCUGCAGCAUCACAGAGGAGCCGGGCUACGCGCUCUUCUCCUCUCUUUUCUCUUUCUACCUCCCGCUCAUGGUCAUUCUCAUCAUGUAUUUUCGGGUCUAUGUGGUUGCCCGCAGGACUACUAAGAGCCUAGAAGCGGGCGUCAAACGAGAGAGAAAUAAGUCGAUGGAAGUGGUCCUCCGGAUACACUGUCGCAGCGUGCUGGAAGACGCGCGCCCGACCUGCUCAAAAAGCACCAAAAACCAUCCGUUUCGGAGUUCGCUGUCAGUGCGGCUGAUGAAGUUCUCCAGAGAGAAAAAGGCUGCUAAAACCCUCGCCAUCGUAGUGGGGAUGUUCAUCUUGUGUUGGCUGCCUUUUUUCUUCUUUCUACCGAUGGGUGCAUUCUUUCCGGCACUGAAGCCACCUGAAACUGUGUUCAAGGUGGUCUUCUGGCUGGGCUACUUUAACAGCUGCAUCAACCCAAUGAUCUACCCCUGCUCCAGCAAAGAGUUCCAGCGGGCGUUCACUCGGCUCCUCAGGUGCCAGUGUCACCAGAGAAAGAGGGUCCUGCGUCGCUUCUAUGACCAGAGGUGGCGGACAGCUGUCAAGGGAAUGACAAGGCAGCAGAGAGAAGACUGUAAGCAUGGCUAUGCUGUGCACGAAUCCUGUGGCAGCUCUUUGUUACACAAGGGGAAAGGGCGCUCGCUAGGUUUCAAGAAAUGGAGUCUGUUUCCACCACUGCAAAAAUCUUCCUUCCAGCUCAAAGAGAAAGUGAACAAUCUGUCAAAUAAAAUCAAGGGAGGGCCAGGAAAAGGGACCACACCUGCAGUGGGUAGGAUUGAUAUAGUAGACACAGUCUCUAUGGGGAUUUACAACUCCUGUGAGCAGAGCAGUUAUCAGUUCUAUGAUCUGGCAGACUGCUAUGGCCUGAAAGAGACUGACAUUUAGAAAGAGACUAAUAUUUAGAGGGCCACCAGAGAAUAUAUAUUUUUUUUUUUCAAAGGGGCAUAUUGGACCAACAUGCAAGAAAGACGGUGAUAGGACAUCAUUGUAUGUUCACAAAACAUCUGAGAAUCAAAGCUUGAUUAAAGCUAUGGACUGAGAAUGAUGGCUUGAUAACAGCACAAACAGGACUUCAACUUUUAUCUCAAAGCCUCAUUCCCAUCAUGUUUAUUUAGAUGAAACAUCUUGUGAGCUGCUUGAAGCCACUUUUUUGAAGUGGACACAGAAGUAGCAAAGUCCUUGGACUUACUUUGUCUGCUGUCCCUUGGAAGCACUGUGCAUCAACAUUACACAAGCCACAGUUGACAGGUGUACUCACUUUCAACAAGACAUUUAACUUAAGCCUCAUUAUUACUGCUUAUUUCUUUCAAAUCUAUACCGGACAGUGUCUCUCUCUUCAACUAUUAGCUGGCUGACACUAUGUGAUGACUGGUGACUGCUUUGUUUGAUAUUCAGCUGAUUUUAAACAAAGAACUAAGAUUUUGAAAACUCUAAUAGAGCAAAAUAAGAGUUAUAAGUGCAAUUGUUUAUGUUGCUAGAAUGUCUGGAUUAAAUCAAAUGUAAUAUGUCAGAAUAAAUCAUGAUAUGUCAUCUUGCAUUUUUUAUUUGGACAAAGCAUUGUUAAAAAUAAGAAGCCAGCUAAGAAUAAAGAUGCUGCACAGUAUUUAUUCUAAUUGUUGGAUUUAUAAGCUAACUUGGAAUUGAUAUGUACACUUGUUUAAAUAAAAACCCACGUGUCUACUUGCGCCUAACUGUAAUUUGCAUUGCCAAGUGAGUCCUAAUGUGAAAUGAACAUGUAUUUUGGUAUUUUAUGAUGUUAUGUUUGUUUAUGUAAGAUGA